GGAGUUCGCCUACUCUGCAGCCCCACGCUCCAUGCAGAGCGCUAUAAUGGGCCUGUUCUUCUUCUUCUCUGGAAUCGGCUCCUUUGUGGGAUCAGGACUACUUGCUAUCGUCUCUAUCAAAAUCAUUGGCUGGAUGUCCUCGCAUAAAGACUUCGGUAACAUCAACGAGUGCACACUGAAUUACUACUUCUUCCUCCUGGCUGCCAUUCAGGGAGUCACACUCCUCGUCUUCCUCAUUGUGUCUGUGAAGUAUGACAAGCAGAAGCCCAGAGCAGGGAGCAACAGGGUGUCUCUGACCAACUCAUGACCCCCCAUCAUCCUCACCAGCCGUACGUUCACCUCAGCCACCAAAUCAUGUGCCAAACUUUAAACCUCAUAGUGUUUCAAAAAUUACGUUUUCAAAUAUUUGACUUUUGACAUAUUUAACUUGAAGCCCCUUGUGCUUACUGGAACUGGCCGUUCUCUUGCCGUUUUAAACACGCGAGACAAAAAGACAAAAGAAAAGAAAACAAAAAAAAUUCCCCGAUAAUUACCUACAAAAUAUUCCUAUGAAAUGGUUGGAAAUGAGGUUUGUCCACUCCAUCAGUGAACUGGAUUAUGAAAUGCGUGUUUGUUGUAGUGUAUACUUUGGGCAACACUUGUUCAAAAUUUGGGAUUUUUGUUGUUUUGACUAUGUCAAUGAGAUUUACAAAUUCACAUACUCAUAAAAUGAAUGUGGUUUUUAAAUUGUUUACGAUGGGUUGUACAAUUGAUCAUUGGUUUAAAUUGAAUAUUUAUUGAACCUUUUAUUUUCAUAGUUUAUGCUCGACAGGGUAAGACAAUACUUUUGUUCAGAUUUAUUUAAAAUUGUCCCUCUGGGCAUGUUUUAUGGUACACCUUUUUUAAACACAAUUUUAACAAUACUUUUUAAACAUUAUUUCUCCUCUAAUUCAGGCACCAUUUUGCACUGUAUUGUGUAUAUAUGGGCACUUUACUGUAAAUUUGUAAUAGAUACCAAUUGGUUCUAUUUUUUAUGCUGUUGAUGCUAAUUGGCUGUCUAAAAGGGCAAAUAUGGUUGGCUACUCAUUUCAGAUGGUAGCCAAUAAAUUGCAUACAGAAUUCAUGCAGAAUUUUCACAUGAUCAAACAUCAGUGAAGUAGUUGAUAAAAACUGCAGUGCAAAAGAUUAUUAUUAUUAUUAUUAUUAUUAAGAAUCACAUUGUCCUUAACAGUUUGAUUAAAUUUUGAACUUUGGUACUAAACCUGUGGCAUUACAAGUGUUUCUCACUUUUAGAUAUUUAGAUAUUUUAUCAGGCAUUAGAUUUCUAUUAGCUUGUUUUUAAUGAUUUUGAUCUUAAUUGGUAAGGCCAAGCAGUCCUUUGCUCUUUAUCGUGGUUAUGAUAUGAGUGUAUCAUCUGAGAAAUGAGGAAUUUGCACAAGGAGUGCUGAUAUCAUGUAGCACACAGCUCAGCUGACGUCUUUACAGCAGGAAUAUCUCUGCAAAUGCAAAUGAAUAGUGGAAUUGUUUGCAAUGAUUCAUGACCUUUUUAGAUUUGUGUAAAGCUUUUUGAUGAGCAACAAACCUCAAGCUCAGAUUUUCAUCUGAAUGAGGUUAUGUAGUGAGAUUACAUUUGCACUAAUCUCUAGUGAAAAAUAACAUGUUUAUAAUUGAGUAUACAGAAUCAUGAAUUUUACAUGCAGGCUUAUGAUACAUCCUGUAAAAAUGUAUACCUCAGCUUCAUAAUGUCAUCAUGCUGUAGAAGGGUGUCUUGCUUGAUGUAAUUUUCAUGCAAAUUUUGUGACGACAACACUUUUUGCUGCUGUUUUUGCUUUGACCACAAGCGUAACAAAAUAGUAACAACACUCCUAUUAUGCUUCUGUGCUGGUUCUUUUUAUGUUUUCAUACACAGGUAGUUCCUGUGGUUUGUGUUGCACUUUUUCAGCAGUUACACCUUGUGCCUUCAAUGCCAGAUUUAUUCCACACGACUCUUGCAACUGAUGCAUCAUCCUUGCACUUUUACAUUAGGAAGUUCAAAACAGAGUGAUCAAAAUCCUUUUGAAUGUAAUUUGACAAACAGUAUUGACAUUAGAGUGGUUUGAAUCUGAUCAAAAUGGUGAAAUAUUAAAAGACACAGUAUAAGGAAAGGGCAUCAUUCAUUUGAACGGGGCAUAUUCAAAUGCUGAUUUAAAGGCUUUUAAAAAUUUUAAAUAUUUCUGUCUUUCUCAAAGAGUAAAAUUCAACAUUUUCUAAAAACUACACUUUGAGUUUGUG